GCUAUAGCUAGCAUGAACCUCUUGUGAGGGGCGGCCCAUAGAAUUUUCUUGGUCUGGUAGGCGGAAUAAAUACUUUUGACCGCAGGCCUUCUAAAGAGAAAAUGCUUUCCUAUUGUCAUAUUUUCCCUUGGAUAAUAAAUUAUUUGCCAGUUUACCUGCUGAAUGAAUCGUAGGUGAUCUCACACUGACCCAACCUUGGAGGUCAAUUAAUGUGCAUUAAAACUAGAACAUAAGAAAUGUACUGCAGGUGUGUAGAGCCUUAAAAACUUUCUGCACUGACCCCGUAACAAGAUUAAACAGAAUUUACACCAUGGGUUUUUGGGGAUUGAGCCUAGCAGGAGCUGGAUUCAUUUGCAUUGGGAUAUGGCAGGCCUUCUCAACAGCCAAGAUCUAUCUCAACGGAUCACGGUCAUCGCUUCAAUCAUCCUCAAUCUACAGGAAAAGACCUUAUUAUACUGCCGAGCUCGCAUUCAUAGCAGGCCUUGCAACUUUAUUCAUUGUCAAUGGAGUCUUAACUUCAAUCCGAGGACUGGAAAACGGAGAUCAUCUUGGACUUGCAAUACAACUGGAAAAAUCAGGUGUGGCAUCGAUUUUUUUACUGUAUUCAAUUGUCUCUAUCGUUUCGGAGUGUACCCAGUUGCUUCCUUUGCCUUGGGAGGCCUGUAAUUUGAUUGCUCUUUUGGCAUUUGGGGAGGAAUUCCUCGUUUUUUACCUUCAAAAGGAGGGCUCAACAGGACUUGAAAGCUUCAGUAUGGGGCUAAUUCUUCAGGGGACUUGGUUCAUUCAGAUGGGUAUUUCAUUUUUCACUGGAUGGAUUGUACAUGGAUGUAAAAUAUCUGAAAAGGUGGGAGGGGACUAUACUAUCCAUUGUGACAGUCAUGCUCAUGGUCAUAGAGGCAAGGCCAUUGCAACCCUUCAAUUCAACUGUCAUCUGGCUCUACUGUUGAUCAGUCUGCUGACUGCCUAUUCAUAUCUCAGCACAAAGUAUGUGAAAUCUGAUGCAAUGAAUUACAAACCAUUGGGCGAACACUCAGAGGAAUUGCAAGAUUUAGAUGUUUCGAAUGUUGAAAUUGGAUCUCGGUUUGCAUUGGAGUCUGAUGACGACGAAACCGAUGAAGCUCCGCUGCAUAAUCAUAAAACCAUGUCUGAGAUUAAUGGUAUUGAUCAAGUUUCAGUUUGAAAUACUAUGAACUUUAGUUUAGGCUGGAAAUGAUCUCCUCCUUACCCUUUUCAGUAUUAUUACCUUCGUUGGUGUUCGUGUGGAUAUGAAGCAGCUGACAUGUUGUAGACGUCUUUCAGUUAGUUCAGGUCACUUGUAGGGAUUUAUCAAUUAGGUUCAGGAAGGUGCUAAUUUUGGAAGGCUAUGGAGUUGUUACUGCCUAUUAUCGACCUCCACAAUUAUUUGUCUGUGGUUUCUAAACUUUUGAGAGAUUAUCGAAAUAGCUUACAGAAGAUCUUGGGUCUCUAGUUCACAAGCAGUUGCUUGUUAGGGCCAUUCACAAGGAGUGUGUUUGUAAAUAUGAUCUGCAUAUCCUUCUAGGAUACAGGGCACUUUAUUAACAACUUCUAUGCGUUUGAAUAUUUUAUUGGUCACAAGACCCUGAUUUUUUUAAAAAAAUUAUGCACUAUUCAUUACA